AUGGAAACGACGAGCUCCGCGUUGGCGUACCUGAGAGUACUGGCCUUCUGUUUGGCGGCUGCAAUCUCAGUCUCCGGUGGUGUGGCGGCGGCGGGAGCUCCCCAGGUUCCGGCGAUGUUUGUGAUCGGCGAUUCGUUAGUGGAUAACGGGAACAAUAACGGCUUGCGUUCUUUGGCGAAAUCAAAUUAUCCUCCAACGAUUGUUCUCUGUUUGUGCAGAAAAGGACCUGCUGCUAAGAUUCUACUUGUUGUUACCAUCUCCCUGUUAACAUCUAUCUGUUCUUAUGGCUUGCCAUGGUUUGCUACAUGCAUCCCCUGUCCCGCUGAAGUUUCUUCAAGAUGCUCCAACAUUGAUGUAUCUGGCAACUACAAAAGCUUUCAGUGUCCGCCAAAUCAUUACAAUGAUAUGGCCUACCUCUUUCUAAACACUAAUGAUGAUGCCAUCCGUAACCUAUUGAGUACCAGCACUUCAAAAGAAUUUCAUCUCUCCACCCUUUUCAUCUUCUUCUGUGCUGUUUACUGCCUUGGAAUUAUCACCUACGGCAUAGCUAUCCCAUCAGGGCUCUUCAUUCCUGUCAUAUUGGCAGGGGCUGGCUAUGGCCGCUUUGUUGGGAGACUAUUUGAACCAAUUACUAAACUCGAUGUUGGUCUGUUUGGGCUCCUUGGGGCAGCUUCCUUUCUUGGUGGCACUAUGAGAAUGACGGUUUCCCUAUGUGUUAUACUGCUUGAGCUGACUAAUGAUCUGCUGAUGCUUCCGCUUGUCUUGCUGGUUCUCCUUAUCUCAAAAACCAUAGGCGAUAUGUUUAAUCAUGGAGUCUAUGACCAAAUAGUAAAACUAAAAGGUUUGCCAUAUAUGGAAGCUCAUGCAGAACCUUACAUGAAACAUUUAGUCGCUCGAGACAUUUUUUCUGGUCCUCUGAUCACCUUUUCUGGUGUCGAGAAGGUAGGAAACAUAUUACAUGCUUUGAAAACGACAGGGCAUAAUGGAUUCCCUGUUAUUGACGAAUCACCUUUUGCAGACUCGCCUGAAUUGUGUGGGCUUGUUCUAAGGUCUCAUUUACUCGUUUUACUCAAGGGAAAGAUAUUUUCAAGGGAUAGGGUACUUGCAGGAGAUGAGGUAGUACGUAGAAUCUCCGGAUUUGACUUUGCCAAGACAGGGCCAGGAAAGGGAGUCAAGUUAGAGGAUCUCGACAUCGAAGACGAGGAGAUGGAAAUGUAUGUCGAUCUCCAUCCUAUCACCAACGCAUCACCGUACACAGUGGUUGAGACCAUGUCACUUGCCAAAGCCGCUGUUCUCUUCCGUCAACUAGGUCUCCGGCACAUGUGUGUGGUACCAAAGAGUCAGGGGAGGCCUCCAAUCGUCGGAAUCCUGACCCGACACGACUUUCUGCCGGAGCAUAUUUUGGGACUGUACCCUCACAUGAGUCGUCGAAAAUGACUAUGAAAGAGCUUCGAUUGGUGGGUUAGUGUUCCGUUUUGGGUUCCAAUGUGAAGUAUUUAAAACUACGUCCAAACUUUGAUGGAAGGAAAGCAAAAUC